UCUUUGGUAAAUCAUAUGACUUUCGCAUGUGAUGUCAGAUUAUUUACAUUCAGUGUUUCCAAAAUGCUAUCAAAAAAGUAUUAUUUAUCGUAAAUGUACAAACAUUUACGAUAAACUUGCUAUAAUCGGAUAUACAUAAUGAUGUCGACUGACUCCGAUUCUGAGGAUAACGUGAAAUGUUGUGUGUGACACAAUGGCAUUACUAGAUAACAUCUUUUCUAAAAAGAGAAAACUUGAUUAUGAUUAUUGGGACUCACAAAAUAGGGCCAGGUCUAGUGAAAUAACUUCAAACCAAGUGCGUUUGCUUCUGUACAAAGAGUGUGAUCGCAGAGGAAGGAAGGUUUUAUUUGAUUCGUCUACAAUAGAAAAAGUACCAGCUCAUAAAGAUGAUAAACCAGAUUAUAGAAACACAGACAAGAUUCCAUGUAUUAUGGAAGUGUCACACGGGUAUACAUAUGUGUAUAAAGGUCAGGCGACAGAUGCGAGCGUCCUCGGUGAGAUGAUAUUCGGAGCUGUUGCAAUGAACUGCAAAAGCGUUUCAUUGAAGAUUCACAUUAUGGAUGAUUCUAAAAGGUUAAUGUGCACGAAGGUAUUCAGCGUACCACCGUCGAGGAUAAGCCGAACAAAGCCGAACAGCAGUAGUCAUCUCACUUCCCACUCGACACCAUUGAACAUGGCAUUACUGAAGGAAGAAGGAGUUUCAUUGAGUUUUUCUUUGGAUAGAGGAGAUUCUGGUUUCUAUGGUGAACAAUCACCAUACAGCAGCGUGGGAUCAACAUAUAAUUAUUUCUCUAUGUUCAACGCUUGGGAUGUGAAUGCCACUGACGAAUAUUGCUUUUAUACUCCUUGUGGUCGCAAGUUGAGCUGCUCGAGUAACGGUAGCUGGCAGCGAAGAACUUUCCAGAGCAUGGCGACCAGGUUCGAUCUCGGGCAGAACAAUUCCUUGAGUGUCCCGAAAGCUAGCACCGUCUCCAGUGUGGAUUCUCAGAUGUACAGUAAUAGUUCAACAAGCGGUACAACGGAUAGCUUAGCGAGUUCGACGUCUGUGGUAGCGAGAAGGCGUAAACUUGGACUGGCACUUCUCAUCACUGUUGCUGAAUCCACGGAUAUGGACUUAGUCCGUCGUUGUAUGGAGCAUUCGCCUCAACUCCAAGCGUUGGUGUGUCGGCUUCAUCUCGCAACUAUAACCGCGGGGUAUGGAAAUGCUUUCGUAUCAACACUGCAUAAAGCCGCUGGAGAUGCAACGAGAUGGUUGUCAGAUCUGAUGUGUGGGCCAAGAUUACACCCAGUUUGGUUGGAGCUUGUCACUAGUGAGCCACGAAAAGCGAAUAAAAUGGCGGACGCUUUACUAUCAGAUCUAUGCUCCGUACUUGCUGUUGGUGACACGAAGAGUACAAAUUUUUUUAUCAGCACGCUUGUAACCUACGUUCUUACACAUCAUCUCGGAUGGGUGACUACGGUCAGUCCUUAUGAUGCCAUUGAUAAAGAAGAGUGUUCUUCAAAAAAAUUAGAUAUUCGACGCCCAUAUAACGCAUUGAGGGCGCAAUUAACUGACCUCUGCGGUAGCAUCGGCUAUCCACCACGUUCAGCCAGAACUAUCAUCACAGGCUCGAAGAACCAACAGUUCAUAACAAGACUCCUAUCCGUAUUAACAUAUUUCGUACGUUGCGGUGACGUCAGCAAAAACGAUUACAAGUAUGAAGAAUGUUUGCUCAAUGAACGGAAAAUCGUAAAUUUGAAAAAUCAACAGAAUUCAGACGUAGCGAGGACGGUUAAAUUGGAAGUGAAUGAGUGUAGUGUCAAGCACAGUUUAAAAGUGCCUUCGUUAAGUAAAAGCAGUGGUGUCAGUGUCAGUACGUUAGUGGCUAGCGAUAUUAGUUUAAAAAAAUCUAUGACGCUGGUUGAUUUGAAUCAAAAGCUCUCUAGUUCAGAUUUCGCGAUGGAUGGCAGUAGCUGUGGUGACAGUCAGGUGAAACCUUUAAGGAGGCAUCCGACUAUGAUGACUUCGUUGAAGGAAUCGUCCGACUCGAGCCCGAACUUAUCGGCUUCAGAGGAAUGGGAGACAAAGAAAGUCGUGUUCGUGCUCGGCGAUGACGAUAAGCUCGUAGGCCUCAAAAAUAAGUCGAGCGGGAAACAAACCGCGAAAAAAUCGGCGAAACCUCAAGACGAGAUUUGUAAGAGUGAUUGCGAUAAGGAUAAGUCAUCGAGAAACACCGAGAGCCCCUCCAAGUGUUGUGGACAGACACUUCAACAUUCCAAGCCAAUAAAACAUUCCGGUUUUAAGUUCGAGUUCGAUAAGUACCCACAGAUAGUCACUAAUUAUAUGAAGAGCAAGAAUCUAGAGAUUUUAGAUAGACAUUAUAUCGGUAAGCCGGGUAACCUGAAGCUGGAUAACUAUCAGUUCGAUCCAACUCUCGUACCUCAGAUACAGGAAGAGAGAUGUGAGACUUGCUAUAAGUGUCAGUUGAUGGAGUCGAUGUUGCAAACGCCGACUAACGCUUCAGAAAUGGAAUACAGGAACGAUAUACCGCGCCAAUCAGAACCUCAAUACGCCAAGGAGACAGUGGUUGAUGAAAUUCAGAGCCAUCGAGAAAUGUCACCUAAAACGUUUGUCAGGAAAGUAAAAGAUAAUACAAUGAUUGUCAAUCCGGAGAAACCUGACGGUCCUAUCUCUAGAGUAAGUGGUGUUAAAGGUGAGAGAGAGGAAAAUAAGCCUGUUGUAAAUAAGCUGAAAGUGAGGCAAGUGAUAGAGUUUCCUCUGAGGCAAGUGUCGAGCAAGCUUGAAACACAAAGGCUGUCUGGUUACGAGGCCUCACUGCUAGGCGGUCUUACGAGUCACUAUGUACCUGAUUUAGUUUUACAAGGAACCGUUGCGGAUCCAAACACUUGGGAGGCAGACCUCCGACGGGACCUAGACCUCACAUCGUACCUGAACAAAACACUAGACCCGCCGGUACAGGCCAUAGCCAUAGUUGGGGAUACUAACAACUGGGAGGUGAGGCUGGUGGGGCGCGAGUGUGGCUCCAGCGGUUUGUCGCCGCUAGUGGGUGGUAUGCUCGACGCGAUACCCGCCAUGAGACUAGCGCGAGUACCGCCUAAACAGUGUCUCCUCUACCUCGAGAGUAAGCUGCGUGAAUUCUGCGUGCUAUCAAAAACGUUAGCGGAUAUGUUAAUGUCAACGGAUUUCUGCGACAUCGCCACUCUGACGAAGUCUCUCAACAUUGACAUUAACGAUGUACCGUUUCUGCUGGCUGUAGCCACCACUCACACUCCACAAGUAGCGAAGAAAUAUGGCAUUAGCUAUAGGUAGAAAAUAAAAUUUGAAGACUUUCCACUGUCAACUGUAUUUGGUUUCAAUGAAUUAUUUAUUUCAAUAAAUAAUUAUAACACAGUAUCGAUGUUACACACUCAAUUAUUGUUAUCGAGUCAAGAAAUGUUUAAUGAAACAUUAAUAUCUAAAAGCAGAGGUGUUAUAAGAAAUAAACUUACGUUUGAACUUAAA